GGCGUUUAGCGGUCAUGCCGGGCAAGAUGGCGGCGCCCAGGCGGUGAGGGGAGAGGGCGGCGGGAGCAGCGCUGCGGCCAUGAGCGCUGCCCGCCGCUGCAGCCCGCCCCGGGCGCUGGCAGGGCUAUUUGUCUGGCAUCUGAAGAACACUGGAAUACAGCAGAUACCGUGCCAGUGUGUGCAUCUUUGCCAUGUAGCCAAUGACAGACUAAUUACAUUUCAGUACUUCAACUUCCUUAAACGAAUGUAUGUAACUCAGUACAACAAAGACCUCAGCCAACGAGCCAAACCCAAGUCAGAUUCGGUUGCAUCUCCUUUUCGUGAGCUUCAGCAAUUGGAUCAAGAAAAAAAGGUUAUACACAAGAUUAGAUCAAUUUCACCUGUUCAUCAACCUUCGUCUGAGACAUCAAGUGGGAAUGAGUUGAGAGAAAUGAAGUCAGCGGCAGAAACUGAAGACUCAGUCACACCAGUAAGAGCAGAAUCCAAAGCAGACAGACAGUGGAAAGAAAUGAAACUACGGCUGGAUGAUUUGCCAGGAAUUUUGGCACGGUUGUCCAAAAUUAAACUUACAGCCCUGGUUGUAAGCACUGCAUCUGCUGGCUUUGCCAUGGCCCCAGUCCCCUUUGACCUGACCUGUUUCCUGCUCGCCUCCCUCGGAACUGGACUGGCAUCCUGUGCUGCCAACUCCAUCAAUCAGUUCUUUGAGGUUCCAUUUGACUCAAAUAUGAACAGGACAAAAAACAGACCACUGGUGCGAGGACAGAUCAGCCCUCUACUCGCUGUCUCUUUUGCUGCCUCCUGCGGCAUCCCGGGAAUUGCGCUGCUGACACUGGGAGUAAACCCUCUCACUGGUGCCCUGGGAGCCUUCAACAUUUUCUUGUACACGUGUUGUUACACGCCCAUGAAGAGGAUGAGCAUUGCCAACACAUGGGUGGGAGCUGUCGUCGGUGCCAUUCCCCCUGUCAUGGGCUGGACCGCGGCGACCGGGAGUCUCGAUGCCGGUGCGUUACUGUUAGGAGGAAUCCUCUACUCCUGGCAGUUCCCUCACUUCAACGCCCUGAGCUGGGGUCUGCGGGAAGAUUACUCCCGAGGAGGGUACUGCAUGAUGUCUGUCACCCACCCGGAGCUGUGCAGGCGCGUGGCUCUGCGUCACUGCCUGGCCUUAAUAGGACUCUCAACGGUGGCUCCGGUUCUCGACAUCACCACGUGGACUUUCCCCAUCAUUUCGCUCCCCAUCAACCUCUACAUCUCCUACCUCGCCUUUCGGUUCUACAGGGAUGCAGACCGCAGCAGCUCCAGGAAGCUCUUCUUCUGCAGCCUGUGGCAUCUGCCGAUGCUGCUGCUUGUCAUGUUCACGUGCAAGAAAUCUUUCCUGGAGAAGGAAGACAAAGGCGAUCUGCUCGGUGAAAGUCAUGGGAGGGCUAUGGAAAUUAGAUUGCCUUAAAUGUCAAUUACUUGUCGUCCUCGUGACACAUCAGGUAGUAUAUUUUAGUAAUUACAAGGGGGAAGCCUGUGGGGAUCUGUUUGAAGAAGAAUCAUUUGUGCCUGGUGACCACUUCAUGUGAUAAUUUUCUAUUUUCUUCUGAAGGGGAAUGAGAGCUUAAAGCAUUUGUGAGCCUCAAGCCCUGUUCACUCAUCACAAAUUUCAAUUUAGCCUACGUCAGAAGCACAUCACUUUGGGAUGGCUUUCCGAAGUGUCCAUGGGUCGUGGUCUCUUGUCUCGUCGAUAGGUUUUUUCUUAGUCACAUGCGCACACUUACUAACCGCCUGCACUGGCAGCCUUGGCGAAGCCGUCGGGAAGCGACAGAUGAAUGAUUUAUCACCCCUCCUCCCCGAGCAUCCUUUCCAAAUUAAGCUUUGAGGCACAUGGUGGGUUGGGUGAACUCUUUUCUCAUCUCGAUCUGUGCCAUCCCCGCUCUGGUGUCACACAGAAGCCUUCAGUUUCUGAGGCUUUUUUCAAUCAGUUACUUUUCCCAAGGUUCCCAUUCACCCCCGUAGAUUUUUAGCUUUCAUACAGCUGGCACAAUGCUAAAGGCAUAAAGAAAACUGGCUUUCAGCACACUACACAUCAGCAUUUAAACAAACUCCAGAUGAACAGCGCUUUUAUAGCAUAUACCUUGAACACACUCUUGAGCUGUUCUACUGUACAUCCAUCACGGGGAAUUUCGGACUCCCAUGUGGUUUUACGUCAUUAGGAUUUGAGUCCCAUGUGUCAGAUCUUCAGCUGGUAGAAACUGCCAUUGCUGUUUAUGUCAGUGAAGUUUUGAAAAGGUGUAGGAGGUGAGAACCAGAUCUCAGAGUCUGGUAGUUUUAAGGCUUUUCUAUGCUAAUGUGUCUUGUGCCAGCCUGUUCGGUCUUGGUGUCCUCGGACAAGCUCUGGACUUGCAUCAAGAGCUUGAACUGUAUUUAGUAUCACACUGCGGUGGCUCAGAGAGAAGGCUUCACUUAUGGGGUUUGUAAUUGAUGAGGAAAGACAUUUUACAGAAAAAAAAAAAAAACACACGGGAAUUUUUAUCUAAUACUGCAAUGUUCAAAUUACUGAUGCGACCAGCAUGUCUCAAAAGCAAUUAUUGUGGAUGGUCUCAUUAGGAAAAUGCAUUAUCUUUGUUAACUGAUACACUGAAGAACAUUUCUAGCCAUGGUCAAAUGUGCUUGCGAUCCCACUCUGGGGCUGUGGCUCACCCUCAGCCUACCUGGGGCUGGCUGUGACCUGCUGGGAUGCUUCUAAAGGCAGCAGCAUCCAGGGCAGACAAAGGCUGUGUUAUAGUUUAUUGUGGUAGUUAGUGCCUGUUACGACUUGAUUUGUUUUCACGCCAAGAUUUCUUUCCCAUGUGGAGAGGGACUGGGCAGCACAGUUGUGCAUAGAUCCAAAGAUACAGUAACAGCUGAAAUAGGAGACACUGUCUCUAAUCUGAUCCCGAAUAAAGCCCUUUGGGAAACGUCACAAAUCUGCCACCACGUGCGUAUCACGCUGACAUAAAAUCUUCACUGGCUACUUUCAUGAUCCAGGCCUAACUUCUGGUCUCGGUUAUGCUGGUAUAAAUCAGGAGUGACACGGUUAACCUCUGUUCUGCUGGCGGAGGUGCUCGCAGGAGCAGAGCCACCUGUUUUACAUGGCUCUGCAAUAAUCAAUUGUAAGAUUUUCUGACUCUCUCAAGUGACUGCAGAUGACAGGACUGAGUUCCCUCUUACUGUUCGACUGAUGGACUCCGUUGUACUCGAGUUACUGUGGGCAACACUUCGUAGAAAUGUCUGGAAGCUGUGCAGCUCCUGAAUUUGUUUUAAAAACGCAUCCAGUCUUCUCUGCAAUAAAGUGCAUACUGUUAAAAAAAGGAGAUGAAUGCUCAAAAUCUGUUUUAAAUAAUUCAUUUAUGAUUGAAACCCUGGUACGGUUCAGUUAAUCACAAAGGUAUUGGAUAAAGUUUUGUGGCAUUUCUCGCAGCAACGGUAUUGUGGCUCACUGCAAGGGCAAGGACAGCAUGUGAAAUACUGGUUUAUUGUGCAAAAAGCACAUUGAAACUAAGUUGCAUGGGAGUGGAAUGGGUUUGUGCAAAACCAAAGGAUUUGGUCAACCUUUAGCUGGGAGAGGAACCUGAAAGGAACAGAUGGCUCACAAAACCCACAGAUUUUGCUCCCAGAGGCAGAAAGUGGUGCUGAAACAGGAGGGUUGUGGUUUUCUCCUAAGUCAUUAUAGAGCCAGGCUUCAGGAUAGCCUGCAAGUACCGGGUGCUGUCCUGACAAACUCCGUUUUGAUUAAAGGUCCCAAAGACAUACCUGUGGUUCCAUUUUGAAGAGCAGUCAUCUUCAUGUCUUGGGCCAAAAUGUGUAACAUUCACGGGUUUUAGGGCUAGACAGGAGCUUAGUAAUCAUCACUGAGUGUCUGCAAAAUGCAGGUCACUGAGUUGCACCAGUGUCUCCACACCCAGUUGCUGUGGCCUGGAGAGAAAGCUUGGGUUUAGAAUGAGUGGAUCUGGGAUUUGAAAAUAAGAAAGACACUUUUUUUUUUUUUUUUUUUUUCUUAGAAAAGAGCUUUUUGCAUCUAGAAGGUGUUCUCUGCUUUGCCACAGAAUGGCUAUGUGUCAGGUACGGAUGAAGCCAUCUGCUGUCAUUUUACUGCCUUUAGGACGUUUUGCUGUUGCAUGUGCUUUGAAAAUAAAAACAUUACCAAACUGGAA